GCCAACGACCAGGAGGCCCGGAGAACUCGCACUUCCUGUUCACUCUGCACCUCUACCAGGAGAGACAGGACAAGAGCAACAAAGCAGCAAUGUCUGGUCGGAGUCGUCUCCACCUCCUGGAUUUGGGGAGCUGUGAGACGGACAUCAGCAGGACCAGAGAGGGAGGUGGAGGUCAGUGUCUGUCUCUGUCUGCGCUGGGAAACGUCGUCCUGGCCCUCGCCAACGGAGCCAAGCACGUUCCCUACAGGGACAGCAAGCUCACCAUGCUGCUCAGUGAAUCCCUGGGCAACAUCAAUUGUCGAACCACCAUGAUAGCCCACAUCUCCGACUCGCCAAUGAACUACAUGGAGACGCUGACCACAGUGCAGCUGGCCUCCCGAAUCCACCGUGUCAAGAAGAAGAAGUCCAAGUAUGCUUCCAGCUCAUCCGGAGGAGAGAGUUCCUGUGAGGAGGGCCCAUCUCAUAGACCUCCUCAUCUUCGAUCUUUCCACCCUCGAACAGUGGCCCUCGACCCAGACAUCCCCCUGCUGCUCUCCAGUGAUCCUGACUAUUCCUCCAGCAGUGAACACUCCUGCGAUACAGUCAUCUACGUCGGACCUGGAGGGACAGCCAUAUCAGACCGAGAACUAAGUGACAAUGAGGGUCCACCUUCCUUUGUUCCCAUCAUUCCCUCCCUGAAUAAGAAGCGGGUCAAAGAUGCACCCAAGACUGAUGGCGAUCACUUUAAGUGUAACACAUUUGCAGAACUGCAGGAGAGACUCGACUGCAUUGAUGGAAGUGAAGGCCCAAACACAUUCAGCACAGAGGGCAAAGCAGCACAAGCAGCAGCACUUAGGACUCGGAGUGGAGAUAGUAAACUCUCAGAGACAACAUCUCCACCCAAAUCUGACAAAAACUCCUCUGAGAGAUUAUUAGAAAGCACAAAUAAACCUGAUCAGGAACAGUCCAGACUCCUCAUGGACCCUUCAAAAAGGACGAGUGCAGAUGGAGAGAAACUUUCAGCUACCCCCGUUCAGCCAUGUGCAGUAAAACCAGGUGGGACUUUCUCCCAGGAUUCAGAGCCUGUGGUGCGAGAGAAGGUCUACCUCAGAGGAGGUGUGCCUAAGCCAUCUGCCUCACCAUCCUUACCCAGGACAUCCAGGACAGCAGCUCAGCCUGAAGAGGGUCUCAGUAGGACUCCCCCAGUGGGUAUGACUCAGCAAGCCCUGAGGCAAUGCCAACCACCAGAGUCGCCUAACAUGGAAAGACCAUAUCAUACAAAUAGAUACCCGGCAGAGGUCAACAGCCUGCGGGCGGCUCUGUUUGGAAGGUGCCUGGACAGGGAUUUUGUGAGGACUACACUCACACUACAGCAGCCUGUGGAGCUGAACGGAGAGGAUGAACUUGUGUUUACGGUCAUAGAGGAGCUUCCGCAUGGCCUUGUCCCGGACAACGGCCGCCCCUCCAACCUCCUCAGCUUCAAUAGUGACUGCUCUCUGCAGGCCUUGACCUCUGUCUCUCGCCCAGUCAGCAUCAUCAGCAGUAUCAACGAUGAGUAUGAUGCUUAUACAUCUCAGCAAGGAGCUGCAGGAACUGUGGCUGACAUCAGCACCGACUACCAGGAAAUGUUGUUUUGUCAACAUGACGAAAAGCAGUCAGCUGUUGGCUCUUGGCCAAGUGAGUUCAGUGCAGACUUGGCUAACAAUGAAGGCACUCAUUCAAUAAGCAGGCGUUACUUGAGGGAUAAACACAUGCCAACAGAGAAUAUAUCCAUGCUGACCUCACCUAGUAUAUUUCAUAAACAGCCAUUUUUGCAGCAUGGCAUGAAGAGCGUGCUAAAUGACAGUGGCGUUGGCUUCUCAGAGCUGGACAGUGACCCUGCAACCCCAAGCAAACCUUCUUUUACCAAGUGCCCUGCCUCCCCUGAAUCAACCAAAGCCUCUCCCAAAGGCUCUCUCAAGGUGAGAGCCAGUACCCUUACCAGUUCAGUGUCAGCCCAGACUCCCUAUCACAACAUUCAUUCCAGUCUUCCCAGGAAAACCAAGCCUACCUCAUCUGCAUCUGUGGGCUGCAGCAGACAGGAAGGCAGACAUGAUGACUUCUUGCUUCAGGGAAGCAGCCAUUUUGAUCCCAGAGAGGUUGAGUUUCUUUCUGUUGGCAAGCCACCAAGAAGUGGUGCAACUAAUGGUUCCUCUAAGAAGUCUGGAGGGAACAGCAACAGCGUACCUCGACCACCAAAGUCACAAAUGUACUCCUCAGCUCAGAGGGUUGUGGAUGGUUGUGAGAAGUCCAGUAGCAGGAGGGGAGAUACUCUCAUCAAGCUACCACGACUCACCCGAGGCGCAACAACUCUAGGAACUGUUUCCAUCCCCCAGACUUCUGAAUCCAAAUGGAGUCAUGAAGCUGCUUCGGUGAUUGGUACACUGAGGUUUUCAUCCUUGGGGAAAAAGUCAAAUGGACCAAAAAGCAGCAUGGUCUCCAAGUCUGGUUCUGGAAACAUAUCUCCUCCUGCUUCACCAGUCAGACAGUCAAGCCAAGAGCAAAAGACCAGGACUGCGCUAUCUCCAAGUGCCUUAAAAACCUGCAGCAACACUGGAAAGUCCUCAUUCCCUAAAACAUCCAACUCAGAAGAGGAAUUCAGUGUCAGGAUCCGGGCAGAUUCAUUUUGCCACAGGACAUCCAGUUUCAAAACUGAACAUGGGUCUGCCAGGACAUCUUCGAGCCUGAAGACACGAGGGGCUAAAGCAGACUCUUCCAGGUACUAUGGGAGCCUGAUGUCUCUGGAAAGAUGUGACAGCCAAACCUUAGCAGGGUCCAAACCUGAGCUGUUCAGAGAGAACAGUGGUGCUACUUCAGGAGGUAGCAGCAGAUCCAACAGAUCAGUGCCAAGACUCGGGGUUCCAGCCUCCACCACCACAUCUGCUUCUUCUUCCCAACCUUGUGGUAUUUUUGCAGCUACUAGCAAACUUGGGCAGGUCCGAGGUGGCAGUGGAUCACGAGCAGCAGCUUCUGCUGGACUAAAGGUUCGAACACUGUCUACCAGCAGCUCCAAGAGCCUGAGCUCCUCCCCCAAACCCCCUGAUAACACAGCUGGACGUAAUGCCAGCCUGCCACCUACUGGUAAGUCCUCUGCUCGUUCUGGAACGGGAACCAAACCGGGAAGAGGCACCAUCAUGGGCACAAAACAGGCCAUCAGCAGGGCAGCGAACAGCCGGGUUAGCGAGCUAGCUGCUGGAGGCCAAAGGAAGCAGCUCGGCAGAGGGCCUGGAGCAACAGGAAGUGACUGUGCUGACAGCGGGACUAGUAGUGUCAGUGGAUCACCACUCAGCACACCAUUGCCAUCACCUUAUAGCAAGAUCACUGCGCCCCGGAGACCGCAGCGCUACAGCAGUGGACACGGCAGUGACAACAGCAGCAUUCUCAGCGGGGAGCUGCCGCCUGCAAUGGGACGCACUGCUCUUUUUUACCACAGUGGGGGCAGCAGUGGAUACGAGAGCAUGAUCCGAGACAGCGAGACAACCGGCAGCACGUCUUCAGCACAUGACUCCAUGAGUGAGAGCGGGGCGUCGUCAUCCAACAGAAGCAGGGUUUCUAAAUCACCCAAGAAAAGAGGAAAUGGUUUCCUGCGGCGGCGACUGAUCCCAGCUCCCCUGCCGGACACCUCGUCUCUGGGCAGGAAGGUUGGCGGUCAGUGGGUGGACCUGCCCCCUCUGGGCGGCACACUGAAGGAGCCCUUUGAGAUUAAGGUGUACGAGAUCGACGACGUGGAGCAUCUGCAGAGAAGAAAGGAGGUGGUGACAGGGUCAGAGCAGCCGUUCCAUGAUGUUGAAAAGGGUCUGCUCUACUUCAACGCCCGGCUCAGGAUGCUGGAGAAGAGGCAGCAGCAGAUCAGAGAGCUGAAGAGCAAACACGAGAGGCUGAAGGUGGAGCUGGAGGAGGCCAAGAGCCGGCUGAUGCUCCACCCGAGCAAAUGGAGCGGAGAGUUCGACGUGGACCAGGAGCUGGACCGGGAGUCCCAGGAGUACCUGGAGGCUCUGGCUCAGGUCACUGCGGAGCUGGAGUACUGCGUCAACCUCUGCAAGUCCCGCGUCAUGAUGGAGACCUGCUUCGACAUCGCCGUGACGACGGCUGCCGCUGCACAGGGAGGGCAGCAGGAGGUGGAGGUGUGAGAGGAAAACAUCUGUCAUACUCAUUCAUACAGAGAAAGUUCAACCUCAGAAAAAGUGGAUUGAAGGAGGCAGAAAAACUGUGAGCUGCAGAAAAUAACAGAACAAAAGAAAAGUGGGCUGACUGAACAUGUUGCUGACAGACUGAUGGACGAGCUCCUGGAUUUAGUUUCCACUCAGACAAGCUGCUGGUCCUGGAUCAGAUUAACGAACAGAUGUGGAAGUGCCUUUCUAUUUAUGAUCUAAUUUAACAUUUAUUUAAGUAUUAUUUUCCUUAUUUAUGAUGCUUUUGUAUUCAUCCUCUGGGUUUUUACGGUGCUGAUAUUAAUAUAUUAGUUAUGCAACACGAUUGGGAGCAGACUGUGAGUUUAUAUGGUGAAAACAGCCUUUAGGUUUUUGCAAGAAAAGGAGAAACAACAGAAGAGAAGUUAUUUAAUUAGUAUGAUAAACCUCAGAUCAUUUUGCUGCCUUUGACACUGACUCAGAGUUUCUGUGGUUUGUCUCAGAUUGCAGAUGUUGGUUUGUGUUUCUGCUGGUUGUCAGAUCGAUAUUUUACUGCAGGAAGGCGGAAAAUCAGAAGGAAAAAAAAACAAACUUCCUCUCUGAGCCAUAACUCAGUGAGACCACUCAUAUGAUUUUUAGAUUUUUAGUUUCUGAGGAUGUCAUUAUCUCUCAUUAUCCAGUGAGAGUAAACUGUCAGAAAUCCACUUAGAAAUCAGACAAAGUCCUGCCUGAGAGUCAUCCUGUUUUUAGGUUUAGAAGCUGCUCAGAGUUCGGCUGCUUUAGAAUGCCUGAUUGGCAGAAAUAUCAAAUCUAAUGAUGUUGUGCACUGAGGCGAGAAUGUUCCAGCUGGUUGUCAGAACCCCACUUUUGAUGGCCAGGAUCGGGUUGUAGCAGCUGUUUGUUCAUCCUGUGUUCUUAGUAACUAAACCGAUGCUGCAGCAGUGAAGUAUUAUAGAUGUUGUAACUUGUAAGGUCUUAAGUCCCGUGUGAAUUUGUGACUAAAACAUUGCAGCUUUCUAUCAGAAAGUGUAAACAAGGACGCCAACUGCACCUGAUGACGUUUCCAACUGUGAACCUGCCUGAAAUCCUGCACUCAGCUGAAUAAAUGUGGAGCAGUGGGGCUGUAGGUAAAGUAAGGAAGGCGAGUUGACCCAACAAUGACCAGUCCAGCGUAUAAACCUUCAUGUCAAGAUCCAGCUGUGCAGCGUCAUGUCUGACCAACUGAUUUCCAGUUGAUUCUUCUAGACAGUCAAAUGGACACAGACAUGUGAAACUGGCACGUUUUUAACCCUCCUGUUUUCAUUUAUGGGCACCAAAAAAUAUUGUUUCCUUGUCUGAAAAAAAUCCAAAAAUUCAGCAAAAAAUUCCCCAAAUUUCUGAAAAUUUGCAAAACCUUCAGGAAGAAAAUUCCAAUAAUUCCUUAAAAGUUUCCCUUGAAAUUUUUACUUUUUAAAAAGAACUAAUUUGGCAAGAAAAUUCUUGUAAAUAUUUUUUUAAAUGGGUAAAAAUCUCCAAAAAAAUCCUAAAAAUACCAGCAAAACUUCUAUUUUCUUUAAAAAAACAUUCACAAAGAUUGAUUUUUUUUUUUGUGAAUGUUUUUUCUUUCCCUCCAAAAAAUUUUUUUUUUAAAUUUCCCAAAAAUGUUGAAAAUGUGGACAUCUGAAGUUUCAAUGUGUAAAUACAUUUUUAAAUCACAUUUUCAGACUAUGAAAUGACCCGCAGGACAACACAAGGGAUAAAUGGAGUUCGGUUGGAAGAAUGGCAAAGUGUCCGUCCGUCCAUUCUCUAUACACCGCUUUAUCCUCACUAGAGUCGCUGGAGUCUAUCCCAGCUGACUCGGGCAAAGGCAGGGGACACUCUAGACAGGUCGCCAGUCUGUCACAGGGCUACAUAUACAGACACACAAUCACACUCAUAUUCCCACCUACGGUCAAUUUAGAGUAUCCAAUUACUGUAACCUCAGCAUAUUUUUGGACUGUGGGAGGAAGCUGGAGUACCCGGAGAAAACCCACACAUGCACAGGGAGAACAUGCAAACUCCAUGCAGAAAGAUCCCAGGCCCACCCCGGGAUUUGAACCAGAGAUCUUCUUGCUGCAAGGAGAAAGUGGUAAACACUACUGCACUGUGCAGCCCAUUGCAAAGUGUAAAAUCAUCAAAACUGUUCCUGGAUUUUAAUAACAACAACAACAAUAAUAAUAAUCCAUUUUAUUUGUAAGUACCUUUCUUGGCACCCGAAGUUGCUUUACAAGAAAAACAAAUGCAACAAAACAGAUAAAAACCAUACAUAGAGAAAGGCCUUUGGAGAGAAUAAAGUGUUCAGUGUAGGGAACGUGAAAAGAAAAACGCUGCAGAUGUUCUGGCUGAAGUUUGGCAUCAAGAUUAAGGAAGUCUGCAGCUUUCUAGAUGGAGUUUGGUAGAAAAAAUGAUAAAGAAACUGACUGGAGUUUGGAGAAAAGUGGAAAUUUUGUUGGUGUAAAAUCUAAUCCGCAUGACUUGGAUAUCAGCUGAAAAUCAACUGAGAAACAAAAAGAUUUUUACAAUUAAAACUCUUCUAAAAGAAAAGCUUUGAAUCAGUUUUCAUAGUUGAGAUUUUUUUAUUGAUCGUCUUCAGGAUGAUUCAUCAAAUCAAUACAAAAGUCUUGAGUGUAAAAUCAGCUGGAGUCAGACUGUUUCUUUGAUUGUUUUCAUUUUGUAAGUUGUUCUCUUUGUCCGUCUCUUUUUAAACCUUCUCAGGCUCUUCUUAAAGUUGCUGCAUGAAACUUUUUCUCCUUUCUUAUGUGACAUUCGAUCUUUGUUUCUAACGUUUUGUGUUUGUCGGAGGACGAGACAUUUUGCCAAACUUGAUUUUUAAAGUGAAGUUCCUCUGCUAAUGUGAGACCUUUAAUAAUAUAUUCAGACCUUUUUUUAUUUGUUUUUGUACUGUACAGUUUUCUAAUUAUUUGUAAAGAAAAGAGGAGCGUGUGGAACGGAGUGGAAAUGUACAGGACAAGUGGAUCGCCUCGUGUCAUACAUGUUAAUAAAGAUAAGAGUCUUUUUGGUUAAA